UCACACUUGCGACACUUUCCGGUCGCACGUCCGUACUCUUUGCUUUCCCUCGCUAAUACACACGCCUCGUUCGUGCCAAACCCUAACCUCACACACUCGCACAGAGACACGCUCGCCUUCCGCCCCGCACACGCGCGAAACCCUAGCCCUCGCAUGCUCGCACGCUUUCUCACUCACUCUCUCUCACCGGCCGGACUUGACCGCUGUGCUCGCCGGAUAAUCCCACGCCUCUAGCGCUCCCUCGUUUUUUUAUCUCUCCGAACUCCGGCUUCUGUGUUUGAAACCACGCCGGACGCCGGUCGCCGGAAUUCGACCUUCUCGGCCGUGAAUUCUGCGUAAGUUUUGGUUUUGGAGUUAAGAACGCGGAUCUGGUUGAGGGUGCUCUAUUUGAGCUUUGAUUGAUGACUAAAAGGUUGAAAUUCUUGGAGAAAAAUAGAGAAAUAACGGCUUGUCGAGUCGCUGGAACUUGAUUAUCCGUGUUCACGCUGACAUGAGAAGUUUUUAUUAGGAUCAAUAUGAUUUGGCCUUCAGGGACGACUCGGAUGCUGAAACCUGUCUUUUGAGAGGCUAGGAGCUGCUAUGGGGACAAAAGUGUUUCAUUUUCUCUUUUGAGAUGUGAUUAAUCUGAAGUUCCCAGUUGCUGCCAGAAAACUAUAGAAUCUGCCUGGCACAAAGUUAUUCCAACUAUGUUGCUGCAGUUUUUGAACAUUUCUAGUAAUCUCAUUGCAAAUGUUAAAAGUUGAGUUGCAAUGGAGGCUUUGCAGCAGAAGUAUUAAAAAUAUACUUGCUGAUGAGCUGAAAUUGGAGUGGAGAUAAUGGCGACUGACAUGCAGAAAUUGAUUGGUACGAGUGAAGAAGAUGAUGAUGAGGAGAUGGAUAUGGAUGUGAAAGAAGAGGACGAUGAUGAAGAAAAUGGAGAGAAGCAUGCUGCACCAGUGAUGGUAGGGGUUGGUGGGAUGGUGACUGGUAGUAGUAAUAACCAGUUUCAACACCACAACCAGCAAACUCAAGACCAAGUGGGCACCCCAGGUGGAGGCACUCGGAGGUGUAGGCCACUGGAAGAGAAAGAGAGAACCAAGCUAAGAGAGAGGCAUAGGAGAGCGAUUACUGCAAGGAUCUUGGCUGGGCUACGGAGGCAUGGCAACUAUAAUCUUAGAGUCAGGGCUGAUAUCAAUGAUGUAAUUGCAGCUUUGGCAAGGGAAGCUGGAUGGGUUGUUCUUCCGGAUGGAACCACCUUUCCUUCAAGAUCUCAGGGCUCAAGGCCUGUCGGUGGUGCUGCUGCUGUGGUGACUUCAUCCCCUUCCCAAAUGGUGUCACAACACUCUCCAUCUGCUUCCGUUAGAGGAGUCGCUUCUGGUUACCAGUCCUCGGUAGAGUACAACACAGGUCGUAUGAAAGGUGUUUAUAUUCCAAGCUCAUCACCUUAUGAUCUAUCUUCCAGUGCUCGAUCUCAUACUUCAUCCCUGGUGGGAGAUGCGGGAGAACCAAUUGAAAAUCAUCCUCUUAUUGGUGGCUCCAUUAACAGCAUUGAUGACAAGCAGAUUGUUGACCUACCCUCGAAGUUACUUGAACGUAAUUUUGCUGGAACCACUCGCGUUCCUGUUUAUGUGAUGCUACCACUGGGUGUCAUUAAUAUGAAGUGUGAGCUGGUUGAUCCAGAUGAUCUCCUAAAGGAGCUAAGGGUGUUGAAAUCGAUUAAUAUUGAUGGUGUUGUGGUUGAUUGCUGGUGGGGCAUAGUAGAGGCACAUUCUCCUCGGGAGUAUAACUGGAGUGGUUACAAGAGACUCUUUCAGAUGGUGCGUGAGCUUAAGCUUAAGUUACAGGUCGUGAUGUCAUUUCAUGAAUGUGGGGGCAAUGUUGGUGAUGAUGUUUGUAUUCCAUUGCCACAUUGGGUGGCAGAAAUUGGUCGAAGCAAUCCCGACAUAUUUUUCACUGAUAAAGAGGGAAGACGCAAUCCUGAAUGUCUCUCAUGGGGAAUAGACAAGGAACGGGUUUUAAGGGGUCGAACUGCAAUUGAGGUUUACUUUGAUUACAUGAGAAGCUUUCGGGUAGAAUUCAAUGAGUUCUUUGAGGAUGGCAUCAUUUCCAUAAUUGAAGUUGGACUUGGACCAUGUGGGGAGCUACGUUACCCAUCUUUUCCUGUAAAGCAUGGUUGGAGAUAUCCUGGUAUUGGUGAAUUCCAGUGCUAUGAUAGGUACCUGUUGAGAAGCCUGAAGAGGGCAGCAGAAGCUAGGGGACACUCGUUAUGGGCAAGAGGACCAGAUAAUGCUGGUUCCUAUAAUUCCAGGCCUCAUGAAACUGGUUUCUUUUGUGAUGGAGGUGAUUAUGAUGGCUACUACGGAAGGUUCUUCCUCAAAUGGUAUUCUCAGGUUUUGGUUGAUCAUGGUGAUCGUGUACUUCACCUGGCAAAGUUAGCUUUUGAGGGGACCUGUAUUGCUGCAAAGCUACCGAGCAUUCACUGGUGGUACAAGACAUCCAGUCAUGCUGCUGAAUUAACUGCUGGGUUCUAUAAUUCUUGCAAUCGUGAUGGUUAUGCUGCAAUUGCAGCUAUGCUCAAGAAACGUGGAGCUGCUUUAAACUUCACAUUUCCUUUAGUACAAAUGUUAGACCGUCAUGAGGACCUCUUGGAGGCAUUGGCUGAUCCUGAGGGCUUAGUUUGGCAAGUGCUGAAUGCUGCCUGGGAUGUUUGCAUACCAGUUGCAAGUGAGAAUGCACUUCCUUGUCUUGACAGAGUUGGUUAUAACAAGAUAUUAGAUUAUGGGAAGUCUACGAAUGAUCUAGAUGGGAGGCAUUUUUUGUCCUUUACCUACCUUAGACUUAGUCCACUUCUUAUGGAACAACAAAACUUUGUGGAAUUUGAAGGGUUUGUCAAGAGAAUGCACGGGGAGGCAGUUCAUGAUCUCCAGGCAUAGUGGGAUGGAAGAAGCAGCCUCACCAGAACGUGUAUUAUUUAUCUCCCCCACAAAAACUUUGGGUUACUGUAUUGCAGAUUAGGAGAAUAUUAUUCGUAGUUGCUAUUAUCUAUAACAGGUAAUUGACAACUAGGCUGGGCUAAUUUUUUAGUCAAACAAAACAGAGCAAAGCCAAGAUGUAAAAGUAAUCUAUACUGUUCUUUUUUUUUUUUUUUCCUUUUUUGGCCAAGAUUUAAAACUAAUCUAUACCUAGAUGUAACACAAUCCCUUGUGAAUGCAUCAUGCAGAAUCUUCAUUAGAUCA